AUGUUUGCACAACAGACAAUGCAAUCAUUUAUAACAAAAACUGUAUUAAUUCUGAUCCUGGUUGCUGGUGUUUCUGCUGAACCAGAACCAUUGAGAGCUCAAAGGAGAUUUUUCGGACUUGGCAAUUGGUUAACCGUUGCAAGUGUACUCGGACUUGGGCAUAAUUUGGGUCAUGCUCAUGGAGGAGGUUAUGGACCUGUUUAUGGACAUCGCUAUGGCAUGAUGCCUAAUGGUUAUAACGGUGGUUAUUCUAACAUGAAUCCUGUCGGUAUGGGAAAUGGAUAUCCCACCAUGCCCCCAAAUGGUUUUGGUAAUGGUCUUUAUCCUAUUGCCUUUGGAGGUUAUGCCAAUCAAUACGGCUAUGUACCUGUAUUUUUUGGUUAA